UGCGCACCUUCACCGUCCUCGAGAGCAGUCAUUGGGCCAACGCCGACGACCGACUAAUGUCAGUACCCUGCUCGCCCGCUGUCUCUGUGCUGGACGACUGACCUUUGAUUCAACGCAGUCCUCAAGAUGCCGCACUCCUUCGGUUACCGGGCGCGUACGCGCGACAUGUUCAAGCGGGGCUUCAAGGAGCACGGCCCCAUUAAGUUGUCGACUUACCUCAUCACCUACCGGGUAGGUGACAUUGUCGACAUCAAGGCGAACGCCGCCCAGCAAAAGGGCAUGCCCCACAAGUACUACCACGGCCGGACAGGGAUCAUCUACAAUGUUACCCCCAGCGCCGUUGGUGUGAUCGUCAACAAGGUCGUCGGCAACCGCUACAUCGAGAAGCGGGUCAACAUCCGUGUUGAGCACAUCCGGCAUUCAAAGUGCAGGAAGGAGUUCCUCGACCGUGUCAAGCGGAACCACGACGAGCAUGUUAUUGCACGGGAGAAGGGCGAGCGGGUGACCCUCAAGCGCAUCCCUGCCCAGCCCCGCCCCGCACACACCGUCUCGACCUCUGGCAAUGCACCGCAGACGAUGGCCCCCGUCCGCUACGAGACCACUAUUUGAGCCGCUAUACUAUCGUCCCUCGGGAAUACUCACGUCGUGCACGCAUCAUGGGGUUAUGUCUUGCCAUUGUUCUCUCUAUGCAUCCAUGCAAUGAUAAGCGUAACACGAAAACACUGUAAAAGUAACAUGCUGGACUGCUUUGGAUUUUCGAGUGCCCAAGACUAUCUCCUUUUGGUCAGCAACGGAGACCAAUGUCCAAGGAUUGCUGUUCUGUU